ACCUGGACCGGUGACACACACACGGCGAGUGCAGUCCAUUCGCAAUUUGGUUUGUUCUGACACUCCACAGUCGAAUCGAAGACAAAUUAGGAGUGAGCCUCGAACAGGACAGCGCCAUGUCUGAAGGCGACAACUUCCGCCCCAACCUACCAUAAUGACGUAAACGCAGAGAAAAUAUCAAAGGUGCGUCGGAAAUAUUUCCGGAACGAGUACUGAGAUGAAAAGGCACUCGUACUAAUUGUAGUCCACUCGUCCAUAAAGAUUUAAAUAUAUUGUACAACGUUAUUAUCAGUGACAACGGUUUUAAGGUCACCGUUUAUGCUGCUAUGUAGUUUGUCCGAGUGGUGUUGCCGUACAACUUGCUUCCGCAAAACAUCGGUGAGCUUUCGCGAUGGAUUCUGUUUUCUUGAGGUUCGACUCGUAUGACUUCGGAGCGGAUCAAAGGUUCCUGCACGGCCUGCAGACAUUACAAGCCGGCGCCUGUGGCGAAGAAGCAAAGAUACUGGACGCUAAACUCUUCUUUUAUAACAGGUUUGUGGAGCCCGUGGACUCCAUCAGCUACAAAGCGUGGUCCAGCUCUGGUUCCAGCGGGGAGCCUUCAGCUGGUCGUGACGCUGAGAAAUCUGAAGAGUCGCAGGGAAAGUCGCUUUCCUUUGCUGAGGUGAUGCGACUCGUCCAAGAAGGCCAGGAAGUGCCAGGAGUGACAAAAGUGGAAAUACAAGCAAGCAACCAGACUGAAACGCCGUCACAAAUGGAGAGAAUACGCAAACCCUGGGAGGGGGCGUCAGCGUCCAAAUGACACGUCACUCGCUGUCGUGUUUUAAACGUGUGCGCGCAUACGACCAAAUGCUCUGAAUUUGAACGGGUUCAAGUAUGGACUCAACAUCUUUGUCCAUUGAGAAGUAUCAGUACAUUAGAACAGUGUUUCCCUACCUUUCGAGAAAUAUCCCUCAAUACACUACCAAACACAAAUGUCACAAAGUGUAUAUAUAUAUAUAUAUAUAUAUAUAUAUAUACUGAAAUGAUCAACUCUUCUUAAAUGACUCACAGAAUUACUUACUCAGCGUGAAAUGUGGGCAUGUUUAGUAGAACACAAAAGCAAUUUUUUGUUGUUGUAUGAGUGGCAACAGGUUAAUUGUACCUUCUGCAAUCUGGUGGAAGAGCAUUGAAUUGUUCUGCCUGCCACGACACAUCGCUGGCAGAGAUACGUGAACAGAGAUGCAUUAUUUGUAGUAAAUCAAUGAUUUUAAAUUAAGUGCGUUGUGGCCAGCUACUGUAUUCAAACGCUGUAUUGGUUGUGUACUACAUGUGAGUCUUGAUGUGAAUGUAGUGCAGCAGUCACUACAGUGGAUAUUGCUUCCUUGCGCUGGCGUUCUGGUCUUUCGUCAACAUUUCAACAUUUGUGCAAUGCAGUUCACAGUCUUGGAAUAUGUUAAAAUAUGUGAACAAACCAAUAAUUAAAAAAAAAAUAAUAAUAAUUAUCAACACCAAGAAUAUCCCAUAAUUCACGUUAUUGUUGUUUAUCCAAGGUUAAAACGUUUUUCCACAUCCCACCAACCUCUUUGAGUAACAAAGGAUUCUGAAGUCCUGAGGUUAUCAGUGUUAAUGAAUACAAAGGUAAAAUUCCAGGGCAUUAUGUCUUGUAUCAUUAUCAUUUAUGAAAUGAAGUUGGCAAAUAAUAAUCCAUCCAUUUUCAUGACCGCUUAUCGUCACUAGGGUCGCGGGCUGCUGGAGCCCAUCCCAACUAUCUUCGGGCGGGAGGCGGGGUACCCCGUGAACCGGUCGCCAGCCAAUCGCAGCGCACAUUGAAACAAACAACCAGUCGCACUCAUAUUCAUACCUGCGGGCAAUUUACAGUCUUCAAUCAACCUACCAUGCAUGUUUUUGCGAUGUGGGAGGAAAGCGGAGUGCCCGGAGAAAACCCACGCAGGCACGGGGAGAGGAUGCAAACUCCACACAGGCGGGGCCGGGGAUUGAACCCCCGUCCUCAGAACGGGAGGCAGAUGUGCCAACCAGUCGUCCACCGUGCCGGCAGCAAUAAUAAUAACAAUAAACAAAUAUGUUUAACAAUUGUUUGGUUGAGAGUUUAUUAAAAAUGAAUCCUAUGAAACACGUCCAAUUCCUUACAAAUUGCAGUUCUCAUUAAAGACAAAGCAUCUAUCUAA